AUGCUUGAGAGUGCUAUUUUUUAUCGCCGUGCCUUUAGCUAUUUGGAGUUGACCGAUUGCAAUUUUAAACAUUGUCCAUCAAAUGAUGAGUGGAACAAAGUGGAGAAGAUUAAAAGUUUAUUGAGUGUUUUUUAUGAAGCCAUUUGCGACUUUUCUGGGACAAAAUACCCUACAACCAAUCUCUACUUUCCAGCAGUGUUUUUGAUUUAUUUUACAUUAAAGCGGCACUAUGAGGGUGAAGAUGACUACAUGAAGAGAAUAUCUCGUCAAAUGCUUACUAAGUUUGAGAAAUAUUGGUCUGAGUUCAAUGUGUUGUUGGCUAUAGCAAUUAUAUUGGAUCUUCGAUUCAAGCUUCAUUUUGUUGAUUUUUCUUAUACAAAGCUUUAUGGAGAUUGUUCUAUUGAGUUUAUGAAUGUUCGGACCAAAAUGAAAUCUCUUUUAAUGGAAUAUAGUUCUUCUAGUAUUCCCACAUGUUCUACCAUGACUUCUGAAAGCAAUGUUAGUAGAGUGGAAAGUGAGUUCUUAGUUAAUAAACAAGAAUUUGAUUCAUUUAGACAUGAUAAUCUUAGUGCCCAUUUGCACAAAAGUCAAUUGGAUCUUUAUUUGGAUGAAGCUAGGGCAGAUAGAAAUGCAAAGAUUGACAUUUUUUCCUUUUGGAAAGGGAAUGAAUUUCGUUAUCCUGAUUUUUCUUAUAUGGCUCGUGAUAUUUUGAGUGUUUCAGUUUCUACAGUUGCUUUUGAAUCUACUUUUAAUGUUGGUGGACGUAUCAUUGAUCAGUUUAGGAGUGCACUAAAAUCAGAUAUUGUUGAAGUAUUAGUCUGCACAAGAGAUGGUUAUAUGGCGAUGAGCAAGUCUCUCAUAUUCUUCUAUCCUCACUAUAUAAUGGACAUCGAAGCUCUAGCUUCUGGUGGAGAUAUCAUCACUAGAGUCCCUGUCAUGAGGUUGAAGAAGUUAAAGGAGUAA